AUGUCCUACCUCACCGCUCCCUUGCACCCGCGUGCUGGGUUGACACUUCCAUCAGACACGAUAGUCGGCAUUCCUGCCAUUGCCGCUCUCAACCUGGCUUCAUCUCUGGUCGAUGCGCUGGAGAAAAAGUUAAAAGCAGGACAUAGCGCAAAAGAAGAAGCCGAUGGUGAAGAUGCCGCACAAGAUCUGUUCGAAGACUAUAACGACGUAUGCACCACGCAACAUUCCAUCGAUCCCGCCACAUGGGCUGCUAAUCGUGCAAAGGAAGGUCGGAAAGCGGAGCUAGAAGAGACAAACGCGACGACACAACAACGCCUUGAACAAUUUCUGCAACUUGCGUUCGUGCCCAAGGCGAAGUACGUGAUUGAGGAUGCCAUCAAGCUGCACAAGGAGACACGCCCUGAACGAGCAGAGGACGCCGCGCAACGACGAAAUGAAGAUGCGCUGCUGGACUUUAUCAGUCACCUCAGCAUUAUUGAAGGUGGUUUCUACUUGCUGAAACAGUGA